AUGGGAAAAUCAAAUGUUGGAAAAAGUCUAAUUUUAUUAAGUUAUAUAAAUAAUGGUUUUUUAUCUAUGAAAUAUCCUUAGACUACAAUAAGUGUAGAUUUUAAAUAAAAGACAGAAUAAGUAAAUGAUAAAAUUAUAAAUCUUUAACUUUGGGAUACUGCAGGUUUAGAAUAAUUCAGACCUAUAAUAUAAACAUACUAUAAAAAUGCAAAAGCAGCGAUUUUAGUAUUCGAUUUAAAUGAUAUAUAAUCACUUAUUGAUGUAAAGUAUUGGCUAAGGGAACUACGUAUAUAAUGUGGAAAAGAUGUUAUUAAAAUUUUAGUAGGAAAUAAAUGUGAUUUAGAAUAUAAUGAACCUGAUUAGGAAAUUAUACAAUAAUAUUGUAAAGAAUAUGAAAUGGAGUAUAUUAAAACUUCAGCUGUUAUGAAUAUUAAUAUAUAAGAAUUAUUUAGAAACUUAUCUUAGAAAAUAUAUGAAAAAUUUAAAGAUGGUAUAAAUAGUGAAAGAAAAAUUAAAUUAAAUUAGGAAUUUUAAUAAAUUAAAAACGAAAAUAAAAAAAAGUGCUGUUGA